AUGAACGUUACAGAUUCCAUUAUUGAUUGGUGCUACAACAUUCAAGGCUCAUACAGCUGUAAAAUUUCACCAAGAUAUACCCAACCAACAAUCCAGGUAUUAGAUGCUUCAAGUAGUGUUGUUGUGGUAUCAAGUCUUUUAGAUGCCAAGUUGAAAGAUGACUUUUGGGAAGAUAUAGCAGAAGAAUAUGAAGAAAUUCGUAAAGACCAUUAUUCUUCAUUAAAAGAGAAAAGGCAUUUACCAUUAAAAGCCGCUAUAUAG